CAACAAGCUCCUUAGACCCUGGGAUAAAAGGCGCUGGGGAGGAGUGCCUUUCAGCCCCUAUCAAGUCCUGCUGCCAGGCGUUCUGCUCUGAACAGCCUUGGAGAAGAGAACACACAUCCUUCCAUUCUCUUCUACCUUGGGAGGUGGAGAGGGGUCCUCUCUACACAGCAGUCAGGAGCUCAGAUGGUAAAGCCCCUCACCCCAUCUGUCGGGCUUCUACCUGAGCAAGCUCAGAGGCACAUGAGAAGGGGAGGCAGCUGGCUGGAGACCCUCUCUCCCCCAGGCCCACCUGUCUGCAACCCAGCUGAGGCCAUGCCCUCCCCAAAGACAAUCUGCGGCCUCCUGCUCCUGAGCGUGCUCUCGCUGGACUUGGCCAUGGCAGGCUCCAGCUUCCUGAGCCCUGAACACCAGAGAAUCCAGCAGAGAAAGGAGUCCAAGAAGCCACCAGCCAAGCUGCAGACCCGAGCUCUGGAAAGCUGGCUCCGCCCAGAAGAUGGAGACCAGGCAGAAGGGGUAGAGGAUGAACUGGAAAUCCAGUUCAACGCGCCCUUUGAUGUUGGAAUCAAGCUGUCAGGGGUUCAGUACCAGCAGCACAGCCAGGCCUUGGGGAAGUUUCUUCAGGACAUCCUCUGGAAAGAGGCCAAAGGCUUACUCUGGAGCAAGCCAAGCACCAUUUAAGAAAUCCGACCACCCAAAUGACAGAGCAGCCACCUUUAGGUGUGCCAGUUUACAACCUGGCUGACCUCCCGGCUGACAGCCAGCAUCUGUCCACCAUGUAAGUGAGCAUCUCCGAUGUCCAGCCCAGCCACGCUCUUGGUUGAUGACAGCCCUGGCCAAUAUCUGAAAGGAACCACAUGAGACUCCUCAAGCAAGACCUGCCCAGUGUAGACCUUUCUGAAAUCCUGACCCACAAAACUGAGAGCAAACUAAAAGUUAUUUUAAGCUACUAACUAGCAAUAGUAACUGAAACAACCAUUCCUUCCAUUAAAUAGAUUUAGUCCUGCUAAAAAAAGUAAGCUCCGCAAGGUCAGGAAUUUUUAUUUUUCUUCACUGAUGCCUCCCAAACACCUAUAACAGUGCCUGGCAGAUAAUAAGUGCUCAUGAAUAUUUGCUGAAUUAAUUUGUAGAAUAAAUGGUGCCUGAACUUAGAUUCACAUCUCCAUCAACUUGGGAGCAUUUUAAAAACAGAUUUUUAAGGCCCAUUCCACCCUGAGAUAUUGUGAUUCAAUAGAUCUAGGGUGGGGCCAAGGAAUCUGUAUUUAAUUUUCCCUGUAACUGUGAUGCAGACCAGGUUUGAGAAAUACAGUAAGCAGAUCAGUAUCAAUUCUAUACCUGCCAAUGCCAGAAGGCUUCAGCAAGAAGCCUUACAAAGUUCUCCUAAUGUUUUUAUGAGUACAUGUAAUGCACAUAAUAAAAAAAUUCACAAUGAAAGAGCAUCCUAGAUAAAUUAUCUGAUUAAAAUGGAACAAAACUGUU